AAGGAAGAAGAAGAAGACUACCGGAAGUGGUUUUCCACUAGCCGCCUGCUAGUAGCAGGUAGCAGAAGUAAAGUUUUGUUUAUUUUUCGCGUAUGAAAUUGUCUCUUUGAGAUAGCAAAAUAGCGUCUCCUUAAAUCAUCAUUGAUAUUCUUGAUUGUUAUUCUACUAUUCUUGUGAUUUUGCUUUUGCUGCAUUUCCCCAUGAAAGCAACAGCAUCUCCGAGUGUUAGCUUAGCCUGUUAGCUGUUAGCAGACUGGAAGGCAGCAAAUUAGCCAGCCUCUUGUGGACUUUAAAGGGUAACCCCCUCCUAAUUGAGUAUUUUCUUUUUUAAGAUAAACUAUUAACAUGGAUAUCUUACAAUACUGCUACAUGUCCUGGUCGUUAUUUUGACUUAUCACUGCAUAUUUGUUUAAAUUCUGCUUAUGUGCACCUGUACUGCUGCCCCAUUUUCAAACCAGUAUUGCUACUGGUUCAAAAUAUGUUGUGACGUCACCCAGAAAAACUGACGUCAGCGGCUCUGGGCCAUAAUAAAAGCGGUUCCACAUGCUUUUGUAGAGAGUUGGAGUUGUGGGUGUUGCGAUAUUUCUAUCGAUUUAACACAGAUAGUGUUUUGUACCCUUGUCUGCUGGGAUGGGUCGAAAGUGUAGUGUAGUGGGUUGCUCUAGUUACGGAGGCUUGCACAUUUUUCCUCAGGACUUAAACAUUAGGCGCCAGUGGUUGCGCCUAAUUGGCCUGUGGGAUGACUUUGAACUCCCACCUAAGGCUGGAGUUUGCAAGCUACAUUUUAGGCGUGAUUCCUUCGCCAACUUGAUGGCUUUUGAGGAGGGCUUUGCUAAGAAGCUCCUUUUGAAGAGCGAUGAGGUCCCAGCUCUCGCUCUUCCGCUACGCCGAAGUGGCGUGGCGCGCCAAAGGCCCCCAACGCUGCUGCCCCGGCAACACAAAGAUCUCGAGCACAAAUUGGAGCCAAAAGUGACCAGAGAAAUUGGCUGUCAGACAGAUCCUGUCAUCAGCAGACAUGCAUGUAUCCAGGCCAACUUGAAGCCUAUUGAGGGAACAGAAGAAAUCAGCCCUCAAAAAAGAAAAGAGGGUGAGGCGUCAGCCUCUGAACUCUGCCUGGAUGUAAAUGAAGCAAGCGCUGUGAGCUGUUCAAGCGCUCUCAGUGACGUCCCUCCAUACAAACAAAAAAAGUACAUUGUUUACGAGGAUCAGUUGCUCAAGAUUUUUCAAAGCUGUCCUGUGUGCGCCAAUCGCUGCACCGUGGACACAAUCACGACUGGCACACUACUCCGUGUCUCACUACUAUGUCCUCGCUGUGAGUACUGCAGUCAGUGGUCCAGUCAGCCGACGGAGAAGGGCAUCCCAUUAGGAAAUCUUCAGCUCUGUGCAGCUGUCCUGUUCACUGGAUCAUCAUUUCAUCAAAUUUCAAAGUUCUUGGGAGCCUUCAACAUCCAGGGACUGUCCAAGCAGGGCUUUUAUAGGUAUCAGGCCAAGCUGCUACGCAAUCCUACAGUCAGCUGGCAGCGGGGGCUGGAGCAAGACGAGCUUUUCCAGGAGACUAAUGAUGGCAGGUCUGUGACACCUGAUGGCAACAUGUAUGUCGAUUCACCAGAGGAAGCGUCGCUGGACAGGCAAAAUCCUGAUUUUGUGCCUUCUGUGGUUGUGCACACUGAAAACAGCCAGAGAUUUGAGGCUAAGGCAGAAAGGUACAAUAGGAAAAGGAAGAGAGACGACGGUUUGAACAAGCCUCCGGAUCAACCCAACUCUUGUGAUACUCCAGAACUACAAGAAGAAUCCAGCAUGGAACAAUGUCCGGACGUCCUGCAGCUGUUGGUGAUCAAAGAGGAUCCUCCUGCUGAGGAGCAGAACCAGAGUCCCAGACCGGACCAGGAGGACCAAAAGCCCCCACAGAUUAAAAAGGAGCAGGAGGACACUGAAAUUAAGCAGUGGAUAUUCAAUCCUGAAUCAGUUAAGAGUGAAAAUGAUGAAGAGAAACCUCGGCUCCCAGAACUUCUUCACAGCAUUAAGAUCCAAAGAAAUGGAGACAGUUUCUGAUAGCUUUGAUGCAGACGAUAAUGGAGAAAUUAUCAUUUGUUAAUUGUAUAUUAUGUUUAUAUUGUAUUGGUUAAAAUUAUAUGUUGAUGUACAGUAUAGCAUUUUUAUCAGUUUUAAUUAAAUGUCACAUUCUCUGUUACCUUAAUUUGUUUUUAUUGUGUUUUUACAAACUCUCCAUAAAA